AAUGAACAGAACAAUAUUAAAGUGAUUUCUAAUAAUAUUACAGUGAGAAGUGGUGUAAAAAAUGAUGUGAAACAAGUGAAAAACAAAACAGUGCUUCAAGUUAACCUUGAUUGAAAGUAUCUCAGUGUAAAGUAGGUUAUUAUGGCACGAUAAUUUGACCAAUGAAAACGUAAUAUUGAACUAUAAAAUUAAUAUUUCCUACAAUUUCUUAAAAGACUAUAUUACUGAUUGUUUGCUGAACAUUUCAAAGUAUAAUAUAUAAAUAAAAUGAAAAAUAAACAUGACGAAAUGCUUGCGGAUAUGCGGGUCAUAUUCGUAUCGGUUGACACGAAGACAUUCGACAAUUUUACUCAUUAUAAUAUUUAUUUUAAUGCUUACAACAAUAUUCCAUUUAUACGGCUACAAACACAAGCAACAACGGCGUAUUCCUUCCCAAGUAGGUGACUUUGAAUACAGACCGGGAUCUUUUUUAAAAAACAAACAACCCAACAAAAACUUUAGUUACUGCCAUUUUCAAUAUGGACUACCUAAAGAAUUAAAAUGGAACAGUUUAAAGAUACACAAUUCACCAGAAAUCGGUGCAAAAGGUCCGUAUAGAGUUAUAUAUAAUGCUAUUAAAGGAACCACAUUUGCUAAUCAGACAAAGUAUAAUACUGUAACAUACUCAACGCAUGCCACACCUGAAUUUCUUUACCAUGUAGUAGAGAUUGCUAGAUAUUGGGAAGGACCUAUCAGUCUAUCUGUAUUCGUGCCUAAUUACGAUUUAGAUAUAACAAUGCAGAUUAUGUCACAACUUUGCCACUGUUAUCCUGGUAUGGCGAAAGUAUCACUUCAUUUAUUUUAUCAUCAAAAUCAUCCACCAAUAAUGAGAUCGCAAAGAGAAAUCUUAGCUUCUCUAACCACGGAAACACCAACAACAACAGCGAAUAUAACUACAGAACAAAUAUUAAGAAAUAAACUAGACAACUAUAGGAAACUGAAUAACAAAACACGAGCACAAUAUAUACAGUGGGUUAGAAAAAAUAAGAUAGCAAGGAUGAUGAAAAGAAUGUCAUUGAAAAAGAAUACGGCACCGAAUUUGAAAUUUGACGAUUGUUCCGGACCAGAUUAUGAUAUACCAACAUUUAGAAAAGAGAAUCGUAUAAUUUAUCCGAUAAAUGUUGGUAGAAACAGUGCAAGGAAUGCAUCUAUGUCUAAUUAUUUCCUAGUAUCAGAUAUAGAGAUGGUACCCAGCGACGGUUUAGCUCAGAAAUUCCUCAAAAUGGUAAGAAAACUAAUGGGAGAUAAGAAGCGUGAUGAAGGUUGCAUAUUCGCUAAAACGAUAUUCGUCGUCCCCUUAUUUGAGGUCGAAAAAGGUGAAAUGAUUCCAAGAGACAAACAAUCGUUGGUUCGUUUGGUGACUGCUAACAGAGCGUUUUAUUUCCAUCAGCGAGUCUGCUCGCAUUGCCAACGCUUUCCUGGACUGCAAUCCUGGUUAUUAAGACGGUCUCCUAGUGGUGUAGAGCCGAUGUUGAUAGCUCGUCGUGAGUACCCUUACCAUAGAUGGGAACCUUUAUAUUUCGGCACGCAAAGAGAACCUUGGUACAGUGAAACUCUCUCAUGGGAGGGAAGGCAAGACAAAAUGACACAGAUGUUGGAAUUGUGCCUGCAAGAGUACCGAAUGGUGGUCUUAGAUGGUGGCUUCCUCAGCCAUGCUGCGGUCAUGAAGACAAUGGUCCAUCACAGUAAUGCAGAGAGAUUGAACAAUCAAAAAUACUUGAAUAUCAUCGGAAAACUCAAACAGAAGUAUCCUGAUAGACCUCAAUGUAGAGUUAUGUGGGGCUGUUAACAAAAACACAUUUUUCUUUCUUCAAUCAACUCGACACUUUCUGAAACUGUUCACUUAAAACUGAAUGUA